AUGACAACCUAUAAGGAGAAAGGAGUUACGCAAACUCUGGUUGUGACAUGCCUUUUGAUGCCUACAGGUCUUUUGUCGCGGCAGCCUUCAUGGCUUGAUGAUCUUCUUAAUGAGCCGGAGACAACUGUCCGCAGAGGAGGUCAUAGGCGUUUAUCAAGUGACUCCUUUGCGUACAUAGAUGUAGCUAAUGCUUCGAACAUAGAUUAUGCGGCACAGGAUGAGUAUAGAUAUAAAAAUGUGAUGUCUAUACCUUCUUGGGGAUCUCAAGACUUUGAUUAUUACAAAGAUGUUAGGCAAACUUCUCUCCAUGCUGAACUGAACAUGACAAAAAAGAAGAACAGGGCUUGGGAUUCAUCUUUAAAUGCCCCAAACUAUCCAAGAGGCCUUUCUUGUGCCAGGAAGAAUGCUGGUCUGCAGAGUUCAAGAUCAUCAUUUGCCCGCCGGGAAGCAGAUGGUGUUUCCGAGAGUGAAAAGCAAGAUCCACUUGAUGGUCCACAUGAUCCAAAAAUUUCUUCCACGAAAAAGGAGAGUUCAAAUUCCAAGUGUUCUGCAUCAGAGACUGAUACAAAACGUGCUAAACAAAACUAUACAGAAGAUUUAGUGAGAACGAGCAGGAAGAUGGGGUGGGCAGCUCACAAACCCCAAAGACACCAUGGGGGUGGAGAAUGUGCGUGGCAGAAGCAUGAUUUGCUGCUUCUUGAAAGCACUGGUUUCCUUGUGGACAGUCCUUUGAUUCUGAAAAUUUGGGGUGAUGAUGAAGACAGUAUACAAGCAUUGAAACUCAAGAGCACCACAAUCCACAUCAAGAACUCAAGAGUACCACAAUGGCAUUGUCGGCCAAAAAAACUUUUAAUGAAGUGUCCCCACAAUGGACGUCAAGAGUACCACAAUGCACAUCAAGACCUCAAAAGUACCACAAUAGACAUCAAGAGCCUGUGUGUAUAA